UAAAAAUCUUUUUUAUUUCUAUUGUCUACCAUUCUUCCAUUUCAUGUCGGUUUCUGUCCCCCUUUCUCUCUUCUUCUCAAACCUUUAAGCUAUUUAGCUUCAAGCUUUAUCUUAGGCCUUCGAUUUCCCGGAGUCAAGUCUGUGUCAUCACCACCUUCAUCCCCUCGACAGUUUCGCUAUCCACUUUUCUUUCUCUUUUUUCUUCACAACCCAAACUGGAUCACUAUAUUCCCUUUGGGGUUCCUCCGCUCUACCUCGCCUUCUUCGCUUCUUUUCCUUCAGGGAACCCUGUUGUUGUUUCCAGAGGCGCCGGGACUGGCAUGGGUGUGUUCUUGCCUUUACGGAGCUAGUGAUCAGAUUUCCUUUGGAUUUGUGGGUUAUAUCCUACAGUAUGAAAGCUCCCCCAAAUGGGUUUGUCCCCAAUUCUGGAGAAGGAACAGGUGAAAGGAAGAAUAUUAAUUCUGAGUUAUGGCAUGCUUGUGCUGGACCUCUUGUUUCGUUACCGCCAGUUGGAAGUCUUGUGGUUUACUUCCCUCAAGGCCACAGUGAACAAGUUGCAGCAUCCAUGAAUAAGGAGACUGAUUUCAUUCCAAACUACCCUAACCUUCCUUCAAAGUUGGUGUGCAUGCUCCAUAAUGUCAUAUUACACGCUGAUCCUGAAACUGAUGAAGUGUAUGCACAAAUGACCCUUCAACCAGUGAAUAAAUAUGAAAAAGAAGCUUUAUUGGCAUCUGAUAUUGGCCUCAAGCAAAACAGGCAGCCUGCUGAGUUCUUCUGCAAAACUCUAACAGCUAGUGACACUAGCACUCACGGUGGAUUUUCUGUGCCUCGUCGUGCAGCUGAGAAGAUUUUUCCCCCAUUAGACUACUCGAUGCAACCCCCUGCUCAGGAACUAGUAGCUAGAGAUUUGCAUGAUAAUUCAUGGACAUUCAGACAUAUUUACCGUGGCCAACCAAAACGACACCUUCUGACCACUGGGUGGAGUGUUUUUGUUAGCACAAAACGAGUCUUCGCCGGUGACUCGGUGCUGUUUAUAAGAGAUGAAAAGUCACAGCUUCUUUUAGGCAUAAGGCACGCUAACAGGCAGCAGCCCGCUCUGUCUUCGUCGGUCAUAUCAAGUGAUAGCAUGCACAUAGGGAUUCUUGCUUCUGCUGCUCAUGCUGCUGCAAAUAACAGUCCUUUUACUAUAUUUUACAACCCUAGGGCCAGUCCUUCUGAAUUUGUCAUUCCUUUGGCCAAGUAUACGAAAGCAAUGUACACACAAGUUUCGCUUGGCAUGCGAUUUAGGAUGAUGUUUGAAACUGAGGAGUCGGGAGUACGCAGAUAUAUGGGUACAAUUACUGGUAUCAGUGACAUGGAUUCUGUACGAUGGAAAAAUUCACAGUGGCGCAAUCUUCAGGUUGGAUGGGAUGAAUCGGCAGCUGGUGAACGACCGAGCCGAGUUUCUAUAUGGGAAGUUGAGCCGGUUGUGACCCCGUUCUACAUAUGUCCACCUCCAUUUUUCAGACCCAAAUUCCCUAAACAACCAGGGAUGCCAGAUGAUGAAUCUGAUAUUGAAAAUGCUUUCAAGAGAGCCAUGCCGUGGUUCGGUGACGACUUUGGCAUGAAAGAUACACCAAGCUCGAUCUUCCCGGGUUUAAGUUUAGUGCAGUGGAUGAGCAUGCAACAUAAUAGUCAGUUCCCAGCAGCUCAAUCUGGAAUUUUGCCGUCCAUGGUUGCUCCUAGUGCUUUGCAUGGAACUUUAACCAACGAUGAUCCAUCUAAAUUAUUGUGUUUUCAAGCUCCAGUAAUGUCGUCAUCAAAUCUCCAAUUCAGCAAGGCAAAUCAACAGAACCAAGUUGGCCAGUUGCCAGCAACGUCGUGGUCUCAACAGCAGCAGCUGCAGCAGUUGCCACCCCAGCCGGAACUACGACAGCAGCAGCAGCAGCCGAAGCAGUCGCAACAACAACAACAGACCUCCCAAUCCGCUCUUCCGAACAAUGGUGUUGGUGGUGCAAACCAUUUGUCAAAUCAGAGUUUGCAACAACCACUUGUAUACUCUCAGCUACAGCAACAGCAACAGCAAUUGCUUGCGGGAAAUGUACAAUCACAUCAAACUAGCCAACCAUCCAAUAAAAACUCGAUUGAGACGACAUCUUUAUUGCAGGAAACACAGUUUCAGCCACAAAUAGAUCAGCAGCCUACCCUUGUUUCGAAACACCAUCAGCAGACACAAUUUCAACAGGCCCCACUGCAAUUAUUGCAACAAAGUCUGUCUCAAAGAACACAACAACAGCCACAAGUUCAGCAAUUUUCACAGCCAAUAAUCCCUUCAGAGCAACAACUGCAAUGGCAGCUGCUACAGAAGCUGCAACAACAGCAACAGCAACAGCAACAGCAGCAACCGUUGGUCUCCCCAGCUAGCCCGCUAUUUCCACCUCAAAUGAUACAGCCGCAUCCUGUGCAUCAGCAAAACCAGCAGUUACCACCCUUGCCUUUGUCCAAUCAGCCACAGUUCAACACUAGUGGAGGCAGCUUCCAAACAGAAAAACAUAACAGCAAUGGCUUCUCAAGUUUAGGUCUGAUGCAGUCCCAGCAGGUUCCUAUAACCCAAUCCCAUAACCAAUUCAAACCAACCACGGCAAUUAGGGGAUAUUCUGGACUGACUGAUGGUGAUGCUCCGUCUUGUUCAACCUCGCCUUCCACUAAUAAUUGCCAAGUUUCAGUAUCAAACCUGCUCAAUAAGAAUCAACAAGGAGCAGCCACACUGGGGGGAGAUUUGGUAGUUGAGCCUGCAACUAACCUGCCUCAGGAGCUGCCAAGCAAACCUGAUUUGCGGAACAAACCCGAGUUUCCUAACUCAAAAGGAUUGGACCAACUGAAAUAUAAAGGCACCGUUCCCGAUCAGGUAGAAGCAUCUUCUUCUGGAACAUCAUAUUGUCUGGAUGCUGGCACCAUUCAGCAGACUUUCCCACUCCCUACAUGUUUGGAUAACGAUGUCCAAUCACACCCACAAACCAACAUCCCCUUCAGUAAUAGCAUUGAUGGAUGGGCUCCAGAUACCUUAUUGUCGAGGGGAUACGACUCUCAAAAAGAUCUUCAGAACUUACUUUCGAACUACGAGGGGGGUGUGCCAAGAGAUAUUGAGACAGAGUUGUCCACUGCUGCAAUCCGCUCGCAGUCAUUUGGGGUUCCAAACUUGCCCUUCAAGCCUGGCUGCUCGAAUGAUGUCAACGUCAAUGAAGCUGGAGCCUUAAGUAGUGGAUUGUGGGCAAAUCACAGUCAACGAAUGCGGACAUACACAAAGGUUCAAAAGCGUGGAUCAGUGGGUAGAUGCAUCGAUGUCACUCGUUACAAAGGAUAUGACGAGCUUAGGCAUGAUCUUGCCCGAAUGUUUGGUAUUGAAGGGCAGUUAGAAGAUCCUCAACGAACUGAUUGGAAACUUGUUUAUGUGGAUCAUGAAAAUGAUAUACUUCUAGUUGGCGAUGAUCCUUGGGAGGAGUUUGUGAGCUGUGUUCAGAGCAUAAAGAUCCUAUCAUCUUCUGAAGUACAGCAGAUGAGUUUAAAUGGAAAUUUGGGUCACAUUCAGGCUCCCAAUCAAGCUUGCAGCGGGACGGACAGUGGAAACGCAUGGAGAGGGCAGUAUGAUGACAACUCGGCUGCCUCGUUCAAUUGAUGAGGUUUCUGGAGCUCGGUGUAUAACUGAUCAUCAUGUCUCCUGGCAUCUGGGUUUGCUAUUCUUGAUUAAAAUUUGUUGGAACAUUCCAAAAAGGUUUGGAUCAGCUCCUGAGGUGAGGGCUUUGGGAAGUAGAAACUCAGGUGAAUGUCAAAGAUACCGGAGACUGACAUGGAUGCUGUGUUCAUGAGUGCAGGCUAGACGGCCUGAAGCAUAUCAUGAAGUUGAUUUAGUUUAAAGCUAUUGUGAGCACCAAUAUGAUAGCUACCCAAGCUUGAAAGUGAACACAGCUAGACCCACUUUGUUCGUGUAAGUUGCAACACAAAUGUCAUUUAUAUUCCAAAAUAUCUCAACAUCCCCUGGGUGAGAUGUGAUGGUGAGCUUCAAUCUAUGCUGCCCCUUAACUGCGAUCCAAAUUUGUAAUCUGAGUGGAUGGUUUAGGAAAA